ACUUCCUCGGGAGGCGGAAGUCUCUCCAGGUGGUUGCCCUGGUAGCGUGCGAGGCUGGUGAGUCUGAGCUGCUGCGGAUGGCGGCCUGGUUUCCAUGGUGGCGAGGUUAGGAACCAUCAUCUGCCUUACCCCAUGGCCAGGGGUGGCGACCAGGUGGCAGAGCAGCUAGGAACCCAAGGGCUGACCCUGGGGCCAGGCCCCCUACUCUCCCCGCCAUGGUCAAUGACCCAUCUGUACCUGCCUUACUGUGGGCCCAGGAAGUGGCCUACGUCUUGGCAGGCCGUGCCCGCAAGCUGCUGCUACAGUUUGGAGUUCUCUUCUGCACCAUCCUCCUCCUGCUCUGGGUGUCGGUGUUCCUCUAUGGCUCCUUCUACUAUUCCUACAUGCCAACAGUCAGCCACCUAAGCCCCGUGCAUUUCUACUACAGAACUGACUGUGAUUCCACCACCACCUCGCUCUGCUCCUUCCCUGUUGCCAAUGUCUCGCUGGCUAAGAGUGGACGUGAUCGGGUACUGAUGUACGGGCAGCCCUAUCGUAUUACCCUGGAACUUGAGCUACCGGAGUCCCCCGUGAAUCAGGACCUGGGCAUGUUCCUGGUCACCAUUUCUUGCUACACCAGAGGCGGCCGGAUCAUCUCUACUUCUUCACGCUCAGUGAUGCUCCAUUACCGCUCGGACCUGCUCCAGACGCUGGACACUCUGGUCUUCUCCAGCUUCCUGCUGUUGGGCUUUGCCGAGCAGAAGCAGCUUCUGGAGGUGGAGCUGUACUCGGACUACAGAGAGAACUCGUAUGUGCCGACAACUGGAGUGAUCAUCGAGGUCCACAGCAAGCGAAUCCAGCUGUACGGCGCCUACCUCCGCAUCCAUGCCCAUUUCACAGGGCUCAGGUACCUGCUGUACAACUUCCCCAUGACCUGUGCCUUCAUCGGCGUCGCCAGCAACUUCACCUUCCUCAGCGUCAUCGUACUCUUCAGUGGUCCUCGGCCUGAGGCCCCUCUCCCAGCCCUCCGUUCUGUCUCCAGUCCUGGGACUCACAGCUCCUGGAUGACUGCCUUCCACCUUCUGCCCCCCUUAAGAACCCAGGCGUCCUGA